AAUCCACGGGAGGUAUAUGCUUUGGUAAGCAAAUUAACGUAGAAGACUGUCGUAUGGUGUGUUACGAGUUUACCCGCAUUAAGUGAUGAUCGUGCUGAAAAUUCUGAAAAUCAAUCAGUUUUUCAUCAACGAUAUCAAAAGCGAUUACGAUGUCUGUUUUGUGAGAAUCUUCAGCCCAAUUAAAGCAAAAUUAAGAACUUCAAGUUCCGUUCGAAGUGAUCGUGGACGUCAAUAAAGAAACAUUUUGCAUACAGGCCUACUGUAGUUUGAGGCUAUGGCUGGAUCUGAAAAUGACAAGGGUAGCAGCAUAAUGAACUGCAGUGAUAACCCUCCACCUCUGAGUUUUUCACCUUUGAAGCUUAGCGAUCUGCCAAAGAAGUGGAAACGCUGGAGUGGGGACCAUCUUCCAGUUGACAUUCUGCUGUUGACUGUGGAGGAUUGUGAGUUCUUGGCUUGUCAUCAUUACCUGAGAGGUUCAUAUAAAAGCUACGAGAAAUCCAUUGGAUAUGUGUACUUUGGAAAGAUGGGUGAAGAUGAAGAUGAGUUUUUACUGAAAGUUGCCUUAGUGAAGUGUUCUAACGAAUCCUCAGAUCCUGGAGGUUCUCAAACUGCUGCUACAAAUGCCAUCAGACUCCUGAGACCAAAGGCUACCAUUUUGGUUGGUUUCUGUUACAGUACCAGUUCUGAAAAAGCCCAGCUAGGAGAUGUGGUGAUAUCCUCAAAACUCACAACACAUUGUCACCAAACCCCAGUGAGUAGAGAUGUUGGUAACCUUGUCAGAAGUGCAGCUGAUGGAUGGAGGGCACCAUUAGAAAACCCACAGGCACAUGAAGUCAAAGUAAAUUGCAACGGAGAGUUUUUAAGUUGUUCUGAUCUAAAUGGUGCUGAACAGCAGUGUCAAUCACACCCUGGGGCAAUUGCAGUUGAAAUAGGGGGAAAAGGCCUGUUUGCAGCAGCCCAUGACACAAAGACGGAGUGGGUUGUUGUUAAAGGUGUUUGUGAUUUUGUACAUGGCAGUGGAUCUACAAACGAUUCAUGGAAGACUUUUGCUUGUGCUAUGGCGGCUUCUGUUGUAUCCGACAUGUUGAGUAACCCUUCAGUAUUUGGAGACUGGCCUAAUUACGGAGACAUUUCAGCCAGAGAGGGAAGUUGCAACAGUGAUGAUUCUUCAAACAAACGCAGAAAAGUUGAAGACAUUUUAGCUGGAGAGGGAAGUUUUCACAGAGAUCAUUCUUCGAAUUCUAAACGGAAAAGGGUUGCAGCUGAUAUCAGAAGAGACCGUGAUAUCUGGGUACAAGAAAUAAGUGUUGAUGGUAAGGUCAAAACUGUUCCAUGGAACGACAGCUCAUCCAUUCCGAUUGAUGAGAUCUACACACCUUUGUCUUGGGUCAGAGAUGAAAGGACACCCAGUGGAGCUAGACAAGAGGAACUUGAAGACUACACUGACAUGUUCAAGGGAAAUAAACAUCAUCGCAAACCAACACGAAUGCUUGUUUAUGGUCGGCCAGGAAUUGGAAAGAGUACGUUUUGUAAAAAGAUUGCGUAUGACUGGUCGAAAGCUUUAAAAGAAAUCCUGAUGAAAUUUUACAUUUUCCUUCUGAUUAAGUUGCGAGAUGUGUGUGACAUGGAACAUAUCCGUGAUGUAUUGGUUGCGUCUAAACUGCUGGCCGGUGAUGGUCCGAUUGCAGUUGAUAGUCUCCAUGAUUACAUAAUUAACAAUCAAGAUAAAGUGCUUCUGGUUUUGGAUGGCUAUGAUGAGUACAGCUGUGUAAAAGAACACUCACCUAUCCUUGAAAUAUGGAGGGGCGAGCAACUAAGAGAUUGUCACGUCAUUGUCACCACGCGACAACUUGAAUGUGACGAGUUAACAGGUCCUAGCCACAUUCAGUUUGAAAUUCAUGGUUUUAGAGAUUGGAAACAGAUCAGAGCCUAUGCAGGAAAAUUUCUGACAAGCGAGCAAGAUGUUGUAAAGUUCACGGCCUACCUGACAGAAAAAGCUCUCAGAGACCUGGCAGAAAUACCUCUCCUCCUGAUGAUGCUGUGCCGUUUGUGGAAUGAUCCACCUCUUGAUGGACUACCAACAUCACGGGCCGGCAUUUACACAGAAUUUAUUCAAACCAUGUUGAAUCACUAA